CUAUUUAAUUUAGAUCUCAUGGUGACUUUAACUCCCUUUGCUGUGGACUUUGUGCUUUGUAACUUUGCAAAUUGCACAAACAGCUAUAUUACACAUUAAAGGAAAGAUAAAAUGAAAAAAAAAAAACAUAAUAGGUACCCUUUAACUAUAAACUUUAAACAUGACAUAAAAGCAACAAUUUCAGUGUUAUGCUGAAUUCUGACCCCUGCCAGAAUAUUUUCUCCCAGCAUAAUUAUUUUUAGCUUUAAGAAGUGAAAGUGAAGUGACAUGUGGCCAAGUAUGGUGACCCAUACUUGGAAUUGUGCUCUGCAUUUAACCCAUUCAAGUGCACACACACACAGAGCAGUGGGCAACCAAUGCUGCAGCACCCAGGGAGCAGUUGGGGGUACGGUGCCUUGCUCAAGGGUCUCACCUCAGUCAUGGUAUUGAGAGCACUGGACUUUCACUCCCCUCACCGACAAUCCCUGCCAGACCUGAGACUCAAACCCAUGACCUUUGGGUUACAAGUCCGACUCUCUAUCCAUUAAGCCACGACUUUAGUUAUAGGGUUAGGAUUAGGCAGUCAGGCCUCAACAAGGAGUUUAAUAAUCUGACAGGGCUUUUUCAUGACUCUUUCUGCAGAUUAGAACAUGACAAGUGUCUUUAUAAGUAAAUCGUUGAACAACCAAUUUGAUCUAACACUUUCAGGAACAUAACGAGUAAUUCUCUUCACAAUAAAGGGAUUCAUUCAAACGUAUUCAUUCAGGAAUGGACCACCAUCAUUACUCUGUUGCAAAAUUGUGUGCAAAUUGUGUAAAGCUGAACAAAGUAAGUAAUUUAGGCAAUAUUGUCUCUAAAAUAUGUUGCUUAAUAUUACACUUGCAGUUGUAGUAAAUUAUCUCAAGGGAAAUAUUAAUAAUUAAUCAUAACUUGUUAUAAUUAAUUAUGAAUAUUUGGAUCAGUUAAUAGAAUUAACUUGAUGUAGUAGAAUUAUUACCACAAUCAACUAACCUGUUCGUCCAGAGAUUAAUUUUUAAGAAAUGUUCAUUUCCGGGGUAUGGGAAAUAACUUUCUUACUGUUCAGUACUAAUCAGAGCAUGUAGUCCAAAUCUGAAAUCGUUUAUGUGACAUUAAUCUGCAGGCUGAAUCAGAACCAGGGAACUCAUAUGUAUUGUGCACAAGUUUUAUUAACUAAAUCACGAACACAACUACUCUAAACAAACAAACACACACACACACACACACACACAAUCACACAUAAAUAAGUAAAAUGGAAAGUGACAGAAUGAAAACAAAAACGGAAACAGGGAAUGAAGCUAUGGAAAAUAGUUAUUUAGCAUGAAAAGAACCAUCAGCUUAUUAUUUUCAAAGCACCUCAUUAAUUGUACGAUACUUGCAUGGCCUUUGCAGUAGAUGCAGUUUCCUGAAGAAGGAUUUUGAUGGUUACAUGAGUUUCAAUCGAUUUCUACUGCGUCGAAUGAAGAAGUUGUGAUGAACUUGCAUGGUUAGUUUGACUCUGUUCUGGUUGAGAGAGAGAGAGUCUCCAUGAGUAAGCACAUGGCUGGUUGUGGAUCGAGGCCUGCCGUCACUGCCGCGCCAGCCGGAGAGGCCAUGCAGAACGGCAAACGGAAGAUGCAGAGAAGAAGGAAGAGAGAGAGGGAUCUGUGUGGGGGCUUUUUAACCUCUGCUGAUGGCCUUUCCUCCUAGGGGUCAGUGAGCCAAUCAUACAUAAGCUUUCAGAGGGAAAGUUUUACAAUUCUUUGUCUCAAGAUGAUUGUUUGCAUAUGUAACUAGAUUGGUUGCUGAUGAAGAAACUAUUAAAGAUUCUUGUAAUACUAAUAUGUUGCACAGGUAUUGACAUAUCAUAUACACGAUCAUUUAAAUCUUCAAAAUGCAAAUGCAUAGACCCCAAACUUGGUAUAGGUGAGAUUACAUUAACUGUUGGUUCUAUCAUAAAAUAUGCAUAAAACAAAGUACAAUGAAAGAGACACGUUACAACAAGACAGUUAUAAUCAUACACACAAUGUCCUGGGAUGCAUGUUCAUUUAUAGAACAGUUCGUCUAUAAAAUGAGGCAGAAGAGUCUGUUUUUACAGGCUUUGUGUCUUUCCUAUAGCCUGAUACAAGUGAAUUUAGAGCAGAGCUCUGCAUUCUUUUAAGUCAUUAAGCACCGUUGUGGUUUCGUGGGAUGGUCUAACACAUAGAACUCUAACACAUAGUUUGUUGAGAGUGUGAGUUUGCCAGAUUGUUCAUUAAAUAUAAUGAAUAAUUUGUGUGUCUGAUUUGUCCAGCUGUUACACAGUCAUGCUCUUGUGCCCUGUCCAAAUACACACACUUGCGGUCUUUGCCACUUGAGAGCGUGUGCAUGCAACAGGAUGUAAGUGCACAAGACUGUCCCAUGUCUUAAAAAUGCCAAAGUGCAGUGCCCUUAAAGCACACUAAACCCACACUAUCUUGAAUACCACUUCGGAGGCUAAGCAUAUCCCAGCAUGCAUUAUGUUCAGAAAUUCACGUGCGGCUAAAUUGCGAGAUGUGGAAGAAAACAUUCCACUGUAAGUUAAAUUAAAUAGAUAUUACAACUGUUUUUUAAUACUUAAUUAGAAGCACCACAAUUUUAAAAUUGUGUCUUCUGUUAGUUACAUAGCGACUACUGAACAAACAUUUUAAAAAUGUAUUUUAAAAUGCAAAGUAUUGAAAAUAAAAAAAGCUCUGUAAACACUUGCAUAUUUUGCAAGACUAAGUGUCUCCCAUCGGGGAAUAAAAAGUUCUAUACACACUUGCAGUCUUCUUGCCCACUUGAACAAUGUUACAGAGUGUUUACGUUUACGGACUUCAAUAAACAGGGUAUUUAUUAUCACAAAGGAAACAGAACCAUACACACAUAUAAACUAACAAUAAGAACGGACAGGGAGUGCUAGGAGUGAGUCCAACUUAAAGGGAGUACUGGCGGGCCAUGGCGGGUCAGGAGACGUGGGCAGCCAUGGUGGAUCCUGAGCCCCACCCACAUGUGUUCCACCCACAUGUUCCCCACCCACGGGUACAUGGCCCCCCCCCAAAAAAAUUUUUUCGGGAGAUUUGGGGGGGCAGGAAGGGCUCGUGGAACGGAGUGGGCUCGUGGGCUGGAGUGGGCUCGUGGGCUGCUGGAGCGGGCUCGUGGGAGAAUGGAGCGGGCUCGUGGAAGGCUGGAGCGGGCCUGUGGAAGGCUGGAGCGGGCUCGUGGAAGGCUGGAGCUACUGGCUCCGUCCAAAAGUCAAUAAGCCAGUCAUUCAUUUUACUCACUGGAGACUUGGGCUGCUCAGCGGCAGAAUUCACUGGAAACUUGGGCUGCUCGGAGGCAGAAUUCACUGGAGACUUGGGCUGCUCAGCGACAGAAUUCACUGGAGACUUGGGCUGCUUGGAGGCAGAAUUCACUGGAGACUUGGGCUGCUUGGAGGCAGAAUUCACUGGAGACUUGGGCUGCUUGCAGCGGGCGACCAUCCUGCCGAAAUCCCCAAAGACGAUCCACCGCUGAAGUGAGCUCCUUGCUGGGAGGCAGGCGCUGGCAGUUCUCCGAGGGCAAUGGAACGAGGAAGAUACCCAUUUUUGUUUGCUGAAGUCCAGCGGUUGGGUCCGUUCUUCUGUUACAGAGUGUAGGUUGCGGUAGAGGCGAGGCGUUUACGGACUUCAAUAAACAGGGUAUUUAUUAUCACAAAGGAAACAGAGAACCAUACACACAUAUAAACUAACAAUAAGAACGGACAGGGAGUGCUAGGAGUGAGUAAAGUUAAAGGGAGUGCUGACGAUGACAACAGGUGCAGGGAAUCCAGGAAUGGCAGGAAGGCUGAUGAGGGAAGUGCAAAAAGGUGAUGAACAGGGAGGAUACUGGGAAACGGAGUUCGGGACAGGCGUGGAUGUAACAAACAAGUGGUCAAGUGCAAUUUUUUUUCAUGCUAGUGUAUAAUUUUAUUUAAUAAAAAAUUAUGUACAUUUAUAACUCUAUAGUAUACAAUAUACUACUUUAGCAUUAACUUAAAAAAAUAGUUAACGCUGCUGUGUGGAUGUUUCUAAUAUAGCCUAUACCAGCUGAGGGAGUGAUGGCAAAUUUGACGUCUUUCUCUCUUCUGGAAACCAUAAGCUCACGAUAUUGUUUCCUUUUGUUAUAACGUGUUAUGCUAUUGUGGAUUUUAUUUUUUGUUAUUGGAGAAAAUGGGAAGGCAAAAAAUUUUUUCCAUUCACCGAAGCUUCUGAGAACCCUGGAAAUGUGAAAACAGGCCAUAAUUCCAAAGACUCUCAAACGGAAGGCUGCAUCAUAUUGAAGCUGUGUCCUUCUUAGUCCAGUCCUUCGGAGGCUUGUAGGCUAGAGUCCUCCUCAGCAUUAAAUGCUAGAAUGAGAUGGUAAGUGUGCAUAACUAGCCUACAUCAUAAAUGUUUCGGCCCCCGUUGUCACAACGCCUACUAUUAAAAUUAUAAUUUGAAAAAUACGUUAGCCUAUAUUAAAAACCUUUAUAUAACUGCCUUUCUAUUAAUGCAGUACAUGUAUGUAACUGGAGAAAAAGUCACAGUGCUCUGCAAGCAAGCACAGAUGUUUCUUCAACUACAUUUAAUGUCGUUUGCAAAGUCAUCAGAAUAUUGUAAAUCACUGUAGCAGAAUGACACCUGCAAAAGAGUUAUGAAAUCAUAUAAAAAUCAACCCGCAUCUACUUUUCUUCAUGUCUGCAAUGAGGUUGAAGCUUUUCAUUUGUGAUGUAGUUUAUUGUGUAAAGAAGCCUAUAGGCUAUUUGCUGUUUUCUCUUUCUACUAUGUGACAUGAUGAAAUUUCACUCUUGACAAUCUCACCUUCUCUGUUUCUUAAAGUGAGGAACAAAAGAUAAAGUCAUAGACAAAACAAUAAAUUCUCCCUAUUCAGGACCCACUAGAACAUUUUUGUAUAUGGACCACUGUUUGCCAUGUGAGAUGGGUGGAGUGCUGGAGAUGAAUGAAGAGAGGUGAGAAAUUAGGUCAAAGCUGACAACAGAGAUACUGCUGUAAGAUGGUCUGGGAGGAGCCCACCUGCUUAAAAAGAGAGAGAUUUUCAGCAGAAAAAAAGGAGAGCACAGAUAAUGUUGUAUAGACACUAACUGCUCCUGCAUGUAGUGAUCAUCAAAUACUGUGGCAUAUCACAAGAUAUAUUCUCAUUAGGUAAGGUCAUCAGAUUCCCUACUGAAAAGUCAGAAGAAUGAGCAGCAAGGUAUUUGCAACCUGGGUGGUUCUUGCUUCAAUUAUCACACUCUCCACUCAGAGUUGUAUAACCCAGUGGUUUGACCGUGAUGACCCAACUGGAAAUGGAGAUUAUGAGCUGUUGGCUGACCUUCUAAGUAUGUAUCCCGGAGAAAUAUGCCCGAUUCCAAUCGGCAUAGAGGCUCAGACUAUCUCCGGCCAACCAGCAUCUCAAACAGGAGACGUCUUUCAAGUAUACAAUCCAACAACUGGGCUUUCUUGUGCAAACCAAGGAGGAGGGAUUUGUGCCGAUUAUAAGGUGCGCUUCACCUGCCCAGAGACAUGGUGUUCAAAAUGCAGGACACCCUGGUUUGACCGAGAUAAUCCUGGUGGACUGGGAGACUAUGAGACGCUGUCGUUAACCCUGGUAGCAUACCCACUACAGGUCUGUGAUCAGCCCAUCGCCAUUGAGGUCACAACCACUAGUGGGACCCCUGUACUGCCGACUGGAAGCAGUAUUACAGUAUAUGACCCAUUACAAGGCUUUGUGUGCGUGAAUGGGGCCUGUCUAGACUACAGGGUUCGCUUCACAUGUCCAGCAAGUUUUUGUGGCACAAAGUGUGUAACCAGGUGGUUUGAUUCUGACAAUCCUAAUACAAAUGGAAGUGAUUCUGAACUCUUGACUACCCUUCUCGGUUUGUAUCCUGGGUACAUUUGUCCGAAUCCACUCGGAAUAGAGGCUCAGACCAUCUCUGGCCAGCCAGCAUCUCAAACAGGAAACGUCUUUCAAGUAUAUAAUCCGACAACUGGAUUUUCUUGUGUAAACGCAAACCAAGGAGGAGGGAUUUGUGCCGAUUAUAAAGUGCGCUUCGCCUGCCCGGAGGACUGGUGUUCAAAAUGCAGGACACCCUGGUUUGACCGAGAUAAUCCCGGUGGACUGGGAGACUAUGAGACGCUGUCGUUAACCCUGGUAGCAUACCCACUACAGGUCUGUGAUCAGCCCAUCGCCAUUGAGGUCACAACCACUAGUGGGACCCCUGUACUGCCGACUGGAAGCAGUAUUACAGUAUAUGACCCGUUACAAGGCUUUGUGUGCGUGAAUGGGGCCUGUCUAGACUACAGGGUUCGCUUCACAUGUCCAGCAAGUUUUUGUGGCACAAAGUGUGUAACCAGGUGGUUUGAUUCUGACAAUCCUAAUACAAAUGGAAGUGAUUCUGAACUCUUGACUACCCUUCUCGGUUUGUAUCCUGGGUACAUUUGUCCGAAUCCACUCGGAAUAGAGGCUCAGACCAUCUCUGGCCUGCCAGCAUCUCAAACAGGAAACGUCUUUCAAGUAUAUAAUCCGACAACUGGAUUUUCUUGUGUAAACGCAAACCAAGGAGGAGGGUUUUGUGCAGAUUAUAAAGUGCGCUUCGCCUGCCCAGAGGACUGGUGUUCAAAAUGCAGGACACCCUGGUUUGACCGAGAUAAUCCUGGUGGACUGGGAGACUAUGAGAUGCUGUCGUUAAUCCUGGUAGCAUACCCACUACAAGUCUGUGAUCAGCCCAUCGCCAUUGAGGUCACAACCACUAGUGGGACCCCUGUACUGCCGACUGGAAGCAGUAUUACAGUAUAUGACCCGUUACAAGGCUUUGUGUGCGUGAAUGGGGCCUGUCUAGACUACAGGGUUCGCUUCACAUGUCCAGCAAGUUUUUGUGGCACAAAGUGUGUAACCAGGUGGUUUGAUUCUGACAAUCCUAAUACAAAUGGAAGUGAUUCUGAACUCUUGACUACCCUUCUCGGUUUGUAUCCUGGGUACAUUUGUCCGAAUCCACUCGGAAUAGAGGCUCAGACCAUCUCUGGCCUGCCAGCAUCUCAAACAGGAAACAUCUUUCAAGUAUAUAAUCCGACAUCUGGAUUUUCUUGUGUAAACGCAAACCAAGGAGGAGGGUUUUGUGCCGAUUAUAAAGUGCGCUUUGCCUGCCCAGAGGACUGGUGUUCAAAAUGCAGGACACCCUGGUUUGACCGAGAUAAUCCUGGUGGACUGGGAGACUAUGAGACGCUGUCGUUAACCCUGGUAGCAUACCCACUACAGGUCUGUGAUCAGCCCAUCGCCAUUGAGGUCACAACCAUUACUGAGACACCUGUACUGCCGAAUGGAAGCAAAUUUCCAGUAUAUGAUCCACUACAGGGCUUUGAGUGUAAGAAUGAGCCACAGAGUGGAUGGAUCUGUCAGGACUACAAGGUCCGCUACAAAUGUCCUCGAAGUUUCUGCUGGAUCUCAGUUCUCUCAAGCCUCUCAUCUGAGGUCACAAACAUAACUGUCAACUAUUAGCCUAAACUUGUGAAGUUAAACCAAGUUUUCAAUUUAAAUUUAGAUUAGAAAAAAAGUAAAAUAAACAUUUGCUUGCAUUA